AUGUCCACCUUUCUGUCCUCCAAACCUCUAGGUGCAGCCGGGGCGAGGCUCCUCUCGGAUCCGAACAAACCCGUCACCAUGGAUGUGGAUGAGGAAGAGAAUAUGAGUUCAAGCAGCACAGAAGUUAAGGAAAACCGAAACCUGGACAACGUGUCAUGCAAAGACGGUGUGGGAGUCGCUGAUCAGCUCCCCAAUGGAAGCGGCAGUCGAAAGCGCCCUUUAGAGGAGGGUAACAAUGGCCACACACAUUCCAAGUUCCGGACCAAGAAGCGUAAGAAAACACCAGGGCCGGUCCUGCCCAAGAAUGCUCUGAUGCAGCUGAAUGAAAUCAAACCAGGUCUACAGUACAAACUGCUGUCUCAGACUGGGCCAGUCCAUGCACCAGUUUUUGUCAUGACUGUGGAGGUCAAUGGACAGAUGUUUGAGGGUAUGGGCCCAACCAAGAAGAAGGCCAAACUUAGUGCAGCUGAGAAAGCUCUGCGUUCCUUUGUCCAGUUCCCCAAUGCGUCUGAGGCACACCUGGCCAUGGGCCGAACACUCACAGUGAACACAGACUUUACAUCUGACCAAGCUGACUUUCCAGACAUGCUCUUCAAUGGCUUUGAGACACCAGCUGCACCUGAAGAAUCCUUCUUUUUGGGUUCCAAUGGCACAAACUCAUUAGGGGAGUAUCCACUGCCCACGCCACCUGGCAGCAACCUUGUCCAGGCCCCUCUGCCCCCUCCAUCUGCAUUCAGCUCACCCUCAACUGGCAAAAACCCAGUCAUGAUCCUCAAUGAGCUCAGGCCAGGACUCAAAUAUGACUUUGUCUCAGAGAGUGGUGAGAGUCAUGCCAAGAAUUUUGUGAUGUCAGUAACGGUGGAUUCUCAGACGUUUGAAGGCUCAGGGCGCAACAAGAAGCUGGCUAAAGCCCGGGCAGCACAAGCCGCCCUAUCUGCUCUGUUCAACAUGCAGCUAGACCAGACACCAUCCCGGCAACCCAUACCGAGGGAAGGGUUACAACUUCACCUACCCCAGCUGACAGACAACUUCACCUCCCCCCAUGCACGACGAAAAGUCCUAGCUGGAGUUGUUAUGACAACGGGGACCGAUGUGAAGGAAGCACAGGUUAUUUGUGUCUCCACGGGAACCAAAUGCAUCAACGGUGAGUACAUGAGUGACCGCGGUCUGGCACUCAAUGACUGCCACGCCGAGAUAAUCGCCCGACGCUCGCUCAUCAGGUACCUCUACACUCAGCUGGAGUUCUUCCUCAGCAACAAGGAGGAACACCAGAACUCAAUGUUUGUCCAGUGUGAAAAGGGAGGCUACAAGUUAAAGGACAACGUUCAGUUCCACCUCUACAUCAGCACCUCGCCCUGUGGAGAUGCCAGGAUUUUCUCUCCGCACGAGGCCGGAGUGGAAGAUCAGGGAGACAGACAUCCUAACCGGAAAGCAAGGGGCCAACUCAGGACCAAGAUUGAGUCAGGGGAAGGCACCAUCCCGGUGAGGUCCAGCAACACCAUCCAGACGUGGGAUGGUGUGCUUCAAGGAGAGAGGCUGCUCACCAUGUCGUGCAGCGACAAGAUUGCACGAUGGAAUGUUGUGGGCAUCCAGGGCUCCCUGAUGAGCUACUUUACAGAGCCAAUCUACUUCUCAAGCAUCAUCCUUGGCAGCUUAUACCAUGCCGACCACCUCUCCAGGGCCAUGUACCAGCGUAUAAGCAAUGCUGAAGCAAGGCAGCCAGGCAAGGCACCAAACUUCAGCGUGAACUGGACAGUAGGGGACCAGGCUCUGGAAGUGAUCAAUGCAACCACAGGGAAGGACGACAUGGGCCGGGCUUCACGACUCUGUAAACAUGCUCUGUACAGCCGCUGGGUGCGACUGCACUCAAAGCUGUCCUCCGUCUUGCGGAUCAAAGUGCUCAAGCCCAGCUCCUACCAUGAUGCCAAGCAGGCAGCCGCAGAGUAUCACUCUGCAAAAAAGGCACUCAUCAAGGCCUUUCACAAGGCCGGUCUUGGGGCAUGGGUCAAAAAGCCGAUCGAGCAAGACCAGUUCACUCUCAGCUCCUGAGGGAGUCCAGGGACCAAUGGGUUCCUUAAGCCCCCACUCCUUCCUACCUGACCCAGGCCUGAAAGCCGAAGACCCCCUUAUAAAACAACCAGGCGUUUACUUCCGUCCCCACGUGUUGGCAACGCAUGUGCAAUUUGUACUGCGUGGUUUUCAAACUAUUCAUAGCCCAUCGUUCUCACUCCUCUGUCGACCUCAGCCUUGUGUCUUCUCGUCAUAUUGAUUUUAACAUUUUGUCUUUGUUGUAUAGUUUUUUCUAUAUGUUUUUCUGUUUUUAAACUGGAAACACUGUUUUUAUUUCAACCACUUAGUUGUUUUUUAUUUCUCACAGAAAUCCUGUCCCUGAUGCUGUAGAUGUCGAAGUUGAUGUUAAACAGUUUUAUCUUAUUGACUGAUGAGUGUAGCCAGUUUAGGGAGAAAUGUAGCCAAGAAGCAAAACAAUUUUUUGACUAUAAUUAUUGUGUAUGGACCUAAAGAUAUCUAUAUAUACUUGCAAAAAUUAAGGACUAUGAUCUUUAAUUUAAAAAGUGCAUACAUUUACAAUAUGUAAAUCUAGUCCAGAGAAGUGAACAUAAGAUAGCUAUAACAGAAAAUAUGUGCUAACUGGUCAGUUCCAUAGGAUAAGACUACAUGUUCUUAGCCGUAGUAUUAAAGAUGAAAAUAUUCUUAAAUACCGUUGCCCUGUUUGAUUCACUUACCUGAAGAAACACAAAGCAGGUGUGAUAGCACUAUAGCGCACUCUUGUUGAUGUUUUCUUCUUACUUUCAUUCAGAUAAUUUGUUCAGUAAGUUAUUUUUUGUCAUUAUUGUCUCAUACUUGAACAGCUGGGUGGGUCAUGUGGACUCCUCCCCUCACCUGGGUCUUGGGACAAAUUUUGGGAGGCGCUGCACGUUGUAUAUUUGUCCUUGAUUUAAGCCAUGGCUUUGCAUGGAAACUGAGACUGAGAGGCUUGCAGAGCAGAAUACAUGUGAUUGGGAAAUCCAUGCAUCCAUCAGCAAAUGAUUUUGAAUGAAUGCCAGCAACUUCCUCCACAGGCAGCUUUGAAUCUUUGUCUCUAUUUUAUAUAUUUGUUGUGAUUAAAUGGCUCGGGGGUGGAGGGGACAGCUUUUCUUUUAUUUCUUCCUUUGAGGGAUUUAAGGUUUGGGGAUAAAACAGUUGUUAAAAUAGUGACAGAACAACAAAACCUCUCAGAACUUGUAUUAUGUGACUUUAUGGCAGUCAUCUAUGAUAAUUUAUUAAUAGCUAUUAAUAGAUGUGCUACAGUGGCACAAACAGUACAAUAUUUGAAGUUGUAUUCACAAGACACCACAUUGUAUUCAUCUGUUGUGAGUGUGAUGCAAACAUGUCAUAGUUCCUCCACACAAUCCUCUUUGGAUGCACCUUCACACAAGUGUUUUGUUGUCCCCGUUUGAACAGACUCACAAAUUGUAUGCCACUAACUGUUGCUAGUAGUUUCCAACCAAAUAUAUUAGUGUCAUGAUUGUCCUCCUCUCUUAUUCCCAAUACUUCAGAAACUAAGGUUACAUUCACCUUACAGGCCACAUUGUUAAAUUCUAGUUCAGUAGUGAUCACAACUGGGUUUUUGAAGGUGUCUUGUGUCCCAUAAACAUGACUGCCCACUGAAACGGCCCACAACAAUGGAAAACCAUUUAUUGCACUCAUGAUCUUAGAUUAUGUUAUGAUAGUACAUUUAUUGAUGGCAUUCAAACACGUCACCAACUACAAAGGAAAAUAUUGUGAUGGUCAAGAAAAAGUUUGAUUGCUAGCUUUUGCUGUUUCAGUAACUUUUGCUUACAGUGCUGCAGUAGUGCUGCCAGGUUAUGUUGUUAGGGUUAUGUUCACAUCAACAGGCUUAAAGGACUGAUACUUGAUUUUUCCUUAAGUUGUUUUCUUGUUUAUACGACUAAUCUUCAUUCACACCCUGUUGGUGUUGGCUAAAUUUCCGACACUAGGCUAUGCAACAUAUGUAAGGCUACUCAUUUUGGAUUCCAUGUGUUUUUUGUUGUUGUUUUGUAAAUUUGCGUGCAAUAAGUGUUGUUGUCAUAAACCUGUAGUACUAUUACAGUACGGCUGGCAGUUGAUGGCAAAGGACAAAAGCUAGCAGUCAAGCUCUGGUUGUUCUUAGAUUUUUAACAAUUAGUUGCCAUUUUCUGAAAUGUGCUGUGAUAGAUUGAACUUCACAGUCACUUAUGUCUAAAUCUUAUCUGCCAAAUUUUAUCACAAAUCAGACAUUAAAUGAUCUUGAUAUAUACAACACAUGCAAACAGCAAUCUAAUGCAUAUAUGCAGCUGCAUUCAUAUGAAAAUCACUUGUACUUCUGAUUGUUAAUCCAUGUAUUUUGUAUUUGAUUAGAACUGAAUGGUAUGGCUGGUCAUUUUGACACAGUCAGAUAAGGAUUUAAAAGUCAGAGUUCAGAAGGUUUUCUGCAUCCACACAGCCCUGAAAAAUUCAGACAUGAGUCACAAUGGCCAGCUAAUGUGAACACAACCAAUGUUUCAUAUUCUUUGUUAGUUCCCUGCAUCUCUGUAGCUAAUUAAUGAAGACAAUUUCUAAGUAACUGUAGUGAAUUCCACUUCCAGCUAAAGGGAAAAUGUGUGUGUGCAACUUCUCUGUGUGCUCAGGUGUCUAAGCAUACUCAAGUCAAGUUUUCACCAAAGAUAAAGAUGCCCAUGUGUGUUUAAGCCCUAGUGUUUUCCUACUGACCAUUCUUUUCUAAUAUCUCAUAAGUCUGCCAUUAACCCUUUACUGUCAGUUUUUUGUAUGCCCACACAAUGUACUAUUUCUUUGUACAAAAGAUAUGUAUUCAGUUCCACACAGGGGGACGUGAAUACUCAGGCUUCUCUAGUGGAUUUGUAGCUGUCAGUGACCACAUGUAUAUUGUGACUUGCAAUCAUCAUCACUCCAAUAUAAUAUUUCAGUGUAUAUAAGAAACAGCAAAUAUCUUCUUCCAUGUAAAUCCUUGAAAACUGUUCAGAUCCUUUCCUCUCUUGCUGGGAUUGUGAAGACUUCCUGUUUAUUUGUGGUUUUGUGCGAGUCACUGGGCACCAUAAAGCAUGGCACUGACUGCCAGGGUUAAAGUGCUUCAUUCCCUUUGUAGCUCAACACACACACACACACACACACACACAUAAAGAAGAAGAAAAAAAAAGAAACCAACAAACAUGCACUGUUAAGUGUCUCAGCUAAAAGUGGCAUCCACCAGCUGGCACUUGUGAUGUCAUAUACAGUAUGUAACUUUUUGACUUAUAUUUGGUAGUUUUUUGAGUCAGUAUUUAAAAAGCAGGUAUUGAGAUGGAAGUUUGAAAAAAUCUAAUUUGGUGUUGAAAAAAAUAGAUCACCAUGCAGUGAUGCAGUUCCCCUAAGAGAAAAAGAUCCAGACCAAAGUCACAAGCAAUACCCCUGAUGUCUCCUUUACUGUCAGCUCAUCCCAACCAGGGGUCUGUCUAAUGUUUCUCUUUCUCUGCUCCUCCAGUUUUCGCUCUAUUCUUUUUUUUCUUUUGUUCAGUCUCGGCAAAGCUGUCUUGGGAUGUUUUUGUGUAUAUUUCCCGCUUAUGAUUGCCUGUUUCUAAAUACUUUUGUUAUUUUGACUGCACUAAAGAUGUCAACCAAUGAUGUCAUGAUUUGAAGAAAAAUAUGGUCCCGAUUAAAGGUUUGGAUGGAUCGAACUCACAGCAAGAACUGAACUGCUGAUGAUGGCCUGUGCACCCUAUCUUCGCAGGCGACGGGGUUGAAAUUUUUGUUUGAUUACCUCAAAUUGGUCAGCUUUUGCCCGCUUUUUGCACUUGUUCUGGGUUUUUCUACCCGCCCCUCUCCCUCCAGUUGUCCAGCGUGUGCGAUCCUCCACCAACAACCACAACCUUGCAUGUACUAACAACACUGAAGCUGCACCUAGCAUGACAAACUUUAAGAGGACUCUGUAGAAAAAAAAACUAUAGAUAGAUAUAAAAUCAACAAAAAAGAAUAAAAGAGUUCUUAGUUUA